AUGGACGCAGUCUUCAGUGUUUGGCUUGAAGAUGGAAGGAAGCAGCAACGCCAGAAGCAACGGCGCGAAACGAACGGACUGGUAUUGGGCCUGGCGAUCCGACCAGAUGAGAGGGAAUUCGACGAAACCCACAAACGGGAUGUUAUUGCUUGUGAUGUGAUAAAUCCUGAUGACAUGGAUGUGGAGUUUGAUUCCAUUGGAGGGUUGGAAAAGAUCAAGCAAGCUUUAUUUGAGCUUGUUAUACUGCCUCUUAAACGACCAGAGCUGUUUUCUCAUGGCAAGCUUCUUGGACCGCAGAAAGGGGUGCUAUUGUAUGGUCCCCCUGGAACUGGUAAAACUAUGCUUGCCAAAGCUAUAGCAAAAGAGUCUGGAGCUGUUUUUAUUAAUGUGAGGAUAUCAAACCUGAUGAGCAAGUGGUUUGGUGAUGCUCAAAAACUUGUGGCAGCUGUGUUUAGCCUGGCCUAUAAGCUCCAGCCUGCCAUUAUAUUCAUUGAUGAAGUUGACAGUUUUCUUGGUCAACGCCGUUCAACCGAUCAUGAGGCAUUAUUAAACAUGAAAACUGAGUUUAUGUCCUUGUGGGACGGAUUCACCACAGACCAAAAUGCUCGAGUGAUGGUCCUUGCAGCAACUAAUCGUCCUUCAGAACUUGAUGAAGCCAUACUUCGGCGUCUUCCUCAAGCCUUUGAAAUUGGAGUUCCGGAUCAAAAGGAGAGGGUUGAGAUAUUAAAGGUUAUCUUGAAGGGUGAGAGAAUUGAAGACGGCAUUGACUUUGAUCACAUAGCUGGCUUGUGUGAGGGUUAUACAGGUUCAGAUUUAUUUGAACUCUGCAAGAAAGCUGCUUAUUUCCCAGUUAGGGACCUACUAGAUGAAGAGAGAAAAGGGAAACAGUCUCCUGCACCAAGGCCAUUGUCACAGUCGGAUUUGGAGAAGGUCCUUGCCACUUCAAGGAAAACGAAGGUUGCUGCAGGCGAAUACAGUGGAUUAACGCUACAUUCGCCAAGAUGGACGGGGCACAGGGAGUCAGGUGAUUAUCAGUUUCAAGAUGCAAUCAGUGAAUUAUCUAAGCUCGUGGUUUCUCAAAUUAUUAACUUCCAAUCUGAUGCUCAGGAUCCUUAAUGAUCCUGGCCACAUUUAGAGCAUACAAUUGUACUUUCAAUUAACAUGGCUUAAAGUGAAACAGCUCUGACCUCUUAUAGUAAUUUAUGAGCUCGUCCAUGUAAGAUUCAUGUGUUGUGAUCAUUUGCGUCCGCCACACUGUAAAAUUUUUUACGAUCCAAUCUUUUUGUAGUGUGUAAUUGGAUAAUCACGUCACACUUCUACAGAUUGCCAUACCAGUGAUGCAGAAUAUUCUUCGAAA